AUGGACAAAGCCUUAUCUUUCGCCGCCUUUCUCCUAUUGACGAGGCUUUCUGCGGCCACUCUCUACGACACCAUCAUCCAGACCAAAUAUGGUGCUGUCCAGGGCUACCCGGCCUUUAGCAGCGAGACCGCCGGCAAUCUGACUCACUGGCAAGAUGUUGCUGUGUGGAGAGGUAUUCCGUUUGCAGCGACAACUGCUGGUAAAAACCGUUUCAAGGAACCGCAGCCAGCCAGUCCAUGGAAUAGCACGCUAUAUGCCUCAUCUUGGGGCCCUGUCUGUCCGUCCGCCACCUCAGAUACCGGCAAUUACACCAUUAAUGAGGACUGUCUCAACCUCAAUAUCUGGAGUGCUGCAAAUUUUACCGAUAGUAGGCUACCUGUGGUCAUGUGGACCUACCCUGCUGCAUCCACCGCUGCUGAUUCCUUGUUUAACGGCGGCGGCAUGGCUGACAAGGGCAUCGUCUUCGUGAACUACAAUUACCGAUCCGGGUCCUUUGGCUGGCUGUCGCAUCCAGACCUCUCAAAGGAGUUUUAUAAGGUCUCGGGCUCCAACUCGUCUGGAAACUGGGCCAUGCUUGAUCAGUUCGCCGCUCUGGAAUGGGUUUACAACAACAUCGCUGCUUUUGGCGGUGAUCCGGACCAUAUCACGGUAAUGGGUCAGUCGGCUGGGUCUGCAGCCACACAGCACAUGCUCAAUAGUCCCUUGACCAAGGGGCUCAUUGUCGGUGCAAUUAUUGAGAGUGGUGUGCGCGACCCACAGGAUCCAUUGUGCUCAUCUCUGGCCGAGAACUACAUAACGCUCGCCGACGCCGAGCUCCAAGGUAUUGAAUACCUCAAAUCUUUGAAUGUAAGCACCAUUGAAGAGGCACGGGAGCUGCCCAUGGACGAUCUCAUCUCCGGUUCGUCUACCCCGGGCAGCUCCUCAUCAUUCAGCUUUACUGCAGUACUCGACUACUACGCCAUGCCGGACACUUAUUACAACACUCUGGUGAAAGGAUUGGCGCAUAAUGUGCCCGUGAUCACGGGAAACACCAAGGAUGAAAACGGUGCCACUUAUAACCUGAGUAUUACCGUUUCCGAGUAUCUGUCAGACAUGAACGAAACGUUCUCGGGGGUGUGGCUGGACCACUUCCUCAAGCAAUAUCCAGCUAACGACUCUGUUACUGCGCGAGGCGCGUACGAUUCACAAUGGACUGAUCGUUCCAAAGUUGGCACCUGGAUGUGGGCGCAGUUGUGGAACACAACGCGCACGGCGUCUGUGUAUACUUAUUUCUGGGACCACGCACCGCCAGGCCAAAACCAGGGUGCCCACCACGAAUCGGAGAUUAACUAUGUUCUAAACAACCUGUAUGACACGGAUCUGCCCUGGGAGUCUGCGGACUACACCAUUGCCGAGAAAAUGAACUCCUACUGGGUUAACUUUAUCAAAACGGGAGAUCCUAAUGGGUUAGAUUCUAAUGGAAAUGCUCUGGUAGAAUGGGCAGCAACAAACUCCUCUAAAGUGGUCCAGCACGUUGGUGACGGCUGGGGAAAUAUACCUAUUUCGCCUCCGGCUAGGGUGGAACUGUUUGAGCAGUGGUUUGCGACUCUACCUUAUUUCUAG